AUGAAUGCGAUCUAUCUAUCUAUCCCAUUCUGUUUCUUUCUAUCUAUCUAUCUAUCUAUCUAUCUAUCUAUCUAUCUAUCUAUCUAUCUAUCUAUCUAUCUCAUUCUGUUUCUUUCUUUCUAUCUAUCUAUCUAUCUAUCUAUAAAAAUUUUUCCGUCUUAUCUAUCUAUCUAUCUAUCUAUCUAUCUAUCUAUCUAUCUAUCGAUCUAUCUAUCUAUCCCAUUCUGUUUCUAUCUAUCUAUCUAUCUCAUUCUGUUUCUUUCUUUCUAUCUAUCUAUCUAUAAAAACUUUUCCGUCUUAUCUAUCUAUCUAUCUAUCUAUCUAUCUAUCUAUCUAUCUAUCUAUCUAUCUAUCUCAUUCUGUUUCUUUCUAUCUAUCUAUCUAUCUAUCUAUCUAUCUAUCUAUCUAUCUAUAAAACUUUUCCGUCUUAUCUAUCUAUCUAUCUAUCAAAACUUUUCCGUCUUAUCUAUCUAUCUAUCUAUCUAUCUAUCUAUCUAUCUAUCUAUCUAUCUAUCUAUCUCAUUCUGUUUCUAUCUAUCUAUCUAUCUAUCUAUCUAUCUAUCUAUCUAUCAAAACUUUUCCGUCUUAUCUAUCUAUCUAUCUAUCUAUCUAUCUAUCUAUCUAUCUAUCUAUCUAUCUAUGUUCAUACAGUCCCACCUCAACCUCUUUCUUUUCUUUUCUAUUCUUUCUUACUUUUCUUUUUUCUUUUUUUUUCUUUUCUUUCCUUCUUUCUUUCCUUCUUUCUUUCUUUCUUUCUUUCUUUUGUACCUUUAUUGGUUCAUUUAUAUUUACGUAACCACACUAUAUUUCAUAGAUUUACGAUCUAUUAUCCGGAGACACACCUCCAUUCUACGUUCAUUUGGAGUCUUCAUUCAUUCUUUCUUUCCUCCCACUCAACACCUGCUUGGAUAUGACACUCGUUCAUUCACAACACGACAAUCUAUCUAUCUAUCUAUCUAUCUAUCUAUCUAUCUAUCUAUCUAUCUAUCUAUCUAUCUCAUUCUGUUUCUUUCUCUCUUUCUAUCUAUCAUCAUAUACACAUUUAUAUUUGUAUUAAUUCUUUCUAUCUAUCUAUCUAUCUAUCUAUCUAUCUAUCUAUCUAUCUAG